CUGCAACUUAAUAUUCCUGUAUAAACAUCACCAUAGUUUACGAAAGUCAGUAACUCCAAUCGGUUCGAUGCUUUUACUGACCCUGACAGUGCAGGGUAUCCUUAUGGCUGCAUAUCGUGCAAGUUUCAUUGUUGAUUGUCUAUAUAAUUUGUCCUGUUCUGUAGGAGCACUAAUAUCAUUUGUGGUCGCUAUCGUCAAUGCGAGUCGAUAUUGUUUCGAAAUAAGGAAGGCAAUGACUUUGAAAACGUAUGUAUGGGUAGAAGUUAUACACGCAAGAGACCGCUGAUGGUGAAAUGCUUAGAGGGGUUUCCAAGGAUGUCUGAUACCCACAUCAGUAAAUCAGAUAAGGUGGUAGGAUGGUCUGUUGGAGUUAUAUGACGGAAUUAACGACUGGUUACAUGUGUAUAACAAUCC